UCUCGUUUCAUUCAGAAACUACGAAGCCGCGGUUCUGCUAGCCGCGACUCGAAUCUGCACAUAUUUCACCAGCUACAGUGCUUCAAUCGACACGUGUUCGGCUUUGACGUACCAAAAUGACGCUGCAAGCGAUUAAAUGGGAAAACGGCAGGCUGGAGAUCCUCGAUCAGAUACUGUUGCCGGCAAUGUCCCGAUACAUUCCUGUCAAAGGUGUGGAGGACGGCUGGAAAGUGAUCAAUAAUAUGCAGGUUCGAGGAGCACCGGCUAUAGCCAUUGUAGGUUGUUUAAGUUUGGCAGCAGAAAUUAAGAAUGAAGACUACACAGACAAAAAGAGUCUCCGUAGAGACAUAGAGGGUAAAUUGAAUUAUUUAGUGUCUGCUCGGCCAACAGCGGUUAAUAUGAAAAUUGCAGCUGAGGAAUUAAUUCAGUUGGCUAAUAAACUUAGCAAGGAUGAGACUAUUAAUGUCACAGAAAUGAAACAGAGGUUUCUGAAGGCCAUUGAAAGUAUGCUUGAUAAGGAUAUUGCUGAUAAUAAAGCAAUUGGAGAUUAUGGGGCCCAAGAAAUUUUGAAGAAUGUGUCUGGAGAUAAUUUUGUCAGGAUUCUAACGCAUUGUAACACCGGCAGUCUUGCAACAGCUGGUUAUGGCACGGCUUUAGGUGUCAUUAGAUCCCUCCACAAAAAGAAUAGUCUUGAACACGCAUAUUGCUCAGAAACAAGGCCAUACAAUCAAGGAGCAAGACUGACUGCUUAUGAAUUAGUUUAUGAAAAAAUUCCUGCCACUCUUAUUUGCGACGAUAUGGUGGCAGCACUAAUGAAAACUAGGAAUAUUUCCGCCGUGGUAGUUGGAGCAGAUAGAGUUGCAGCGAACGGUGAUACGGCGAAUAAAAUUGGAACUUAUCAAAUUGCUAUUGUCGCUAAGUAUCAUAAUGUACCCUUCUAUGUGGCGGCUCCACGAACCUCAAUAGACUUUAGUAUCCCUAGUGGUGACCAUAUUGUAAUCGAAGAAAGGCCAGAAAGGGAACUAACCCAUAUAAACGACCAACGAGUUGCCGCGCCUGGAAUACAGUGCUGGAAUCCAGCUUUCGACGUAACCCCAGCUAGUCUAAUUAAAGGCAUCAUUACGGAAGUUGGAGUGUUCAGACCCAAAGAUUUAAUGCAGUUAAAGAACUGUGAGGACUCAUAAGAAAGAUCGAUUGAUACAAGCAAAGAGAUAAGCUUCCCGAUGCAUUUAUACGAACGGAUUAAUUGGUGAUUCCAAUGUUACGAAAAAUUGUUGGCAGGUCUUGUUUAUUUAACAAUUUUCGCGUUACAAUAAAAUUGUUGGCAGGUUACGCUUAUUUGGAACGUUAAGCCUGACGAACGCAGCAGAAUUCUACCAUGGAUAUACGUGUUUGCGUUUAAAAUUGCCUUAUUAACCUCGCUGUGAUUUUUACAAAUAUAUUUAUAGUGACGAAUACCUUAAUUAGAUAGUUGUAUUGAUAUUACACGGAAAAGAUCGCUGAUCGUAAUUACAAAAUACAAGAUUUUUUUAAUCAUGCA